AGUAUAUAACCAAGCAAAACUUGAAUCGUCUUUAUUCAGUUUGUAUCUUCGUUCAAAACUGUUUGAUCAAACAACCAACAAAACCCAACAUGAAAUUUUCACUCGCUUUAAUUGCCAUCUUCUGUGUCUCAGCCAUCAGUGCUGCUCCAGUCAAGGAACCAAGUCCAUUUGUUCAAGCUGUUGUCAACCUUGUUGAAGGUUUUGUCCAGCGAUUAGAAAAGCCUAUUCCUGGCUGGGAUAACAAGGCAUCACUCGAAAAAAAUGUUUUGGCUGUUAUUGACAAACCAUUAGAGGCUAAAGUCAUUCCUGGGUGGAAUCCUGAUGCCAGUGUCCGAGACAAUUUGAUCAGUGCGACUGAAGCUUAUGUUAAAUCUCUUAAAAUUCAAGGUUUGGAUGAAAACAAAUCUGUUGCUGAAAAUGUCAAGAUCGUUGUUAGUGACUUUGUCGACAAAUUACCCAUUCCAUCAAUCUUCCCAAAAGACCAAAUUAAACAAGAUUUCAUCAACAAUGUUCUCGAACAACUCAAGAAGAUCCAAUUUAAGGGAUUUGAUUUAAACAAGUCGGUUGAUGAAGAUAUUACUGUCGUGGUAGAUGAUGUUCUUGAAGGAGUUAAAGGUUACGACCCAAAGGCUUCAUUGGAAGAUUAUGUUAAUGCUGCCGUGAAGAACCUUUUAGACCAAAUUAGGUUCCCUGGUUACAGUCCUAACAAGACUCUCGAUGAAAAUGUCGCAGAAUUCUUAGAGAACGUUGUCUUCAAAGAUUUCCCCCUUUAAUUUAUACAAUCUGAUAAAUUAACUCGAUUUAAAUAAAUAUUUUUCAUUAAGCACGUA